UGUCAGCGCUGAAGCGAGGUGAGCCGAGGGGAGAAAAGGGGAGCAGCUGGGGCGCCGGGCAGCCUUCUCCCUGAUUUCCAAGUGGCUGGAGGUCGCCUCCUCCUCGAGGGCUCAGCUUCUGGGACGGUGUGUUGCUGGGGCGCCGACCUGACCCGCAGAGCAGGAGCCGGGCUUCCGGCCACCCUUCUCUUCAUGACAGGAUUUCCCCGGCCAGACCGGGACUAGCGGGCUGUGUCUCCAGGUUCUUGAUAAGUACUUUCUAGACUUCAAGAUUUCAGAAGAGAGGUGAAAGGGUAUAUUGCACAUUUGAGUCAAGCCUGUAGACAGGUGGACUGACAGACGGAUUAAACCACAGGAGGUGACCUAUUGAGAAACAAACACUGGGCAAACCUGCUGUUCUGCACCAAGGGUGGGAAAAAUGUCACAAGUUACAACCUCCUAUUCCUAUGAUGCUCCAACAGACUUCAUCAAUUUUACAUCUUUGAAUGAUGAGGAAGAUACCCAAAACAUAGAUUCCUGGUUUGAAGAGAAGGCCAAUUUGGAGAAUAAGUUUCCUGGGAAGAAUGGUACAGGAGGGCUUUUUCAGGGCAAAACUCCUCUGAGAACAGCUAAUCUUCAGCAAGAUGUCACACCUUUGAGACCAGUUGACAACACUUAUAACAAAGAGGCAGAAAAAGAAAACCUGGUGGAAGAGUCCAUUCCAACAAAUGCUUGUUCUUCUCUGAAAGUCAAAGGAACCACAUCAAGAAAUAUUCUAACUCAGCCUCAGAGAAGAUCUCUUAGACUCUCUGCUCAGAAGAGUUUGGAGCAGAAAGAAAAACAUCAUGUACAAAUGAAAGCCAAGAGAUGUGCUACUCCUGUAAUCGUCAAUGAAAUUCCACCCUCCAAAAAAAUGAAACUUUCUCACAAUAGAAAGAAGCAAGAGGAAGAGGAAGAAGGCAGUACUCAUCAAGAUGCUUCUGAAAAGAAUGAGUCUUCCCCAGAGAAAGCCAAGGGCAGACAUACUGUGCCUUGUAUCCCACCUGUAAGGCAGAAGAUUCUAAAAAGUACUGAGGAGCAAGAGUUGGAGAAGAGAAUGAAAAUGCAGCAAGAGGUGGUAGAGAUGAGGAAAAAGAAUGAAGAAUUCAAGAAAUUUGCUCUUGCAGGAGCAGGGCUCCCUGUGAAGAAAUCAGUGAGCCAGGUAACCAAAUCAGUUGACUUCCACUUCCUCACAGAUGAGCGAAUCAAACAACAUCCUAAGAACCAAGAGGAGUAUAAGGAAGUGAACUUUACAUCUGAACUGCGAAAGCAUCCUCCAUCUCCUGCCCGAGUGACUAAGGGAUGCACCAUUGUUAUGCCUUUCAACCUGUCCCAGGGAAAGAAAAGAACAUUUGGUGAGACGGCUUCUACGUACGUGCCCCUUGCACAGCAGGUCGAAGCCUUCCAUAAACGAACCCCUAACAGAUAUCACUUGAGGAGCAAGAAGGAUGAUAUUACUCUGUUACCCUCCAAAUCUGUGGCCAAGAUAUGCAGAGACCCACAGACUCCUGUGCUGCAAACCAAACAGCGUGCAAGACCUGUGACCUGCAAAAGUGCCGCGGAACAGGAGGCUGAGGAGCUUGAGAAACUGCAGCAAUACAAAUUCAAAGCACAGGAACUUGAUCCCAGAAUUCUUGAAGGUGGGCCCAUCUUGCCUAAGAAACCGCCUGUGAAGCCAUCCACUCAGCCUAUUGGCUUUGAUUUGGAAAUUGAGAAGAGGAUCCAGGAGCGAGAGUCAAAGAAGAAAUUGGAGGAUGAACACUUUGAAUUUCAUUCUAGGCCCUGCCCUACUAAGAUCUUGGAAGAUGUUGUGGGUGUUCCUGAAAAGAAAGUACUUCCAAUCACUGUCCCCAAGUCACCGGCCUUUGCUCUGAAGAACAGAAUGAGAAUACCCACCAAAGAAGAUGAGGAAGAGGAGGAGCCAGUAGUGAUAAGAGCUCAACCUGUGCCAUAUUUUGGAAUGCCUUUUAAGCCCCAAAUCCCAGUGGGGAGAACUGUGGAAAUAUGCCCUUUCUCUUUUGAUUCUCGAGACAAAGAACGUCAGUUACAGAAGGAGAAGAAAAUAAAAGAACUGCAGAAAGGGGAGGUACCCAAAUUCAAGGCGCUUCCUUUGCCUCAUUUUGACACCAUUAACCUGCCGGAGAAGAAGGUGAAGAAUACAACCCAGGUUGAGCCUUUCUGCUUUGAGACCGACAGAAGAGGUGCUCUGAAGGCACAGACUUGGAAGCACCAGCUGGAAGAAGAACUAAAACAGCAGAAAGAAGCAACUUGCUUCAAGGCUCGUCCAAACACCGUCAUCUCCCAGGAGCCCUUUGUUCCUAAGAGAGAGAAAAAAUCCCUUACUGAGGGCCUUUCUGGUUCUCUAGUUCAAGAAACUUUUCAGCUGGCCACUGAGAAGAGAGCCAAGGAGCGGCAGGAGCUGGAGAAGAGAAUGGCUGAGGUGGAAGCCCAGAAAGCCCAGCAGUUGGAGGAGGCCAGGCAACAGGAGGAGGAGCAACAGAAGGAGGAGCUGGCCAGACUACGGAAAGAACUGGUACACAAGGCAAAUCCAGUACGCAGGUACCAGGGUGUGGAAGUCAAGUCAAGUGACCAGCCCUUGACCGUGCCUGUAUCGCCUAAGUUCUCCACUCGAUUCCACUGCUAAACUUGGCUCUGAGCUGUGGACACCACCUGGGAACCAGAGCUACUCUUCCCAUUAAACUAGGAGCCUUCUUUGUCACGGGGGCAUGGAGAGAACCCAUUUCUACAGGCUUUUACCUACUCAUGCCUGACAAGUGUGGACUCCAAUUUCAUUGAGAGCUGUUUUCCUACAUUAUUGUGGCUAAUAAUGGACUCAACUCAUGUAUGUCUCAGCCAGACUCCAUGUAGUUAUUUCCUUGGAACCAUCAGUUGACCUUUAAUAUGGGUCUUAACUCUGACUAGAAUUUAAAGUAUCUGUAUCAGUACAGUGUAAUUUCUGUUGCCCUUACCCCCCACCCCCCCUUUUUUUCUAUUUUAAUCAGAAAAUAAAGAUAGUUAAAUACUGAGAUAGGAUUUAAGUCAUGAAUUAAAUGAGGAACCAUCAGUAGUAUGUCAUAUUCUUUCCUCUUCUCUGUGCAAAAUGAAUUUAGAGUUAAGGAGCCCUUUGCUACGAGGGGGGAAGCCUCAUUAACUCCAUGACGAGGAAGAGACUUGACUGACGGGAACUUCACAGCAGCCAUCAGCUGGCUUCGGGUAGAGCUUGCUGUUCAGGCACGUUCUUCCCUUGUUGGUGCUGAUGAUAAUAGGGGGCGCUGAGUAGUACACGUUUUAAAUCCUCCAGUGACCUAGACUGGAAUAAAUAUAUUUGUCUUCCCGCCCUGA